GAAUAAAGGGGGGGAGGAGAGAGAGAGAGAGAGGAGAGAGAGACAGAGAACAUUGCAGGUACUCCCAGCUGCUAAAUUUUGUGCUGAAAAAUAGAGGAGAGCCCGCAGCCUGGUGGAAGGAGCCCAUUUAAGUUGGGAGGAAGGUUGAACUUUAACAGAAAUGGCAGUCAAGCCAGUCGAACGGGUUCCUGAAAUAUCCGAAAAGGUUUUCUGUUGCCCCUGGCUUUGGGGAAAGGAUAGGUUUAGUGUGCCUGAAGAUUGAUGGCAUGUAUUUUAAAUUGAGGUAAAACUCACAGACUCAGUGUGUGAGCAUUAAAGCGGGGACGGCUGCACGAGCCCCCAUGUCGCCUCUGUCCUCUAACACGUAAGCACCAUCUCCAAGGUCCGGUGGAUGUCCGCACACAUCACUGUAAACAACCGGGCCCACCGGCUUCCUCUCCUCUCCCCUCCAAGCGCUGAGACAACGCCUUCUUAUUCUGCUUUUUAAUCUGCACACCAAGCACCUCGGGGCGAUCCGUGCUUCCCAUCAGGAAAGUCCCUCUCCAGGAACCGGGACUCCUCCUGCUACACCAGCCCCCUGCGAUGCUCUCCCUCACUGCCCUGUCCCAGGAAACAGAGGUUGCUCUGCGGGGCGGCUGUCCCCAGCUCAGUCCCUUGAAGUUCUGCCUCUUUCCUGCUAAACUUUUUCCCCCGUCCGCCUCUGCCAGCCCCCUCUGAUUACAUCUAGUAAUUCUCCACUGAAUGAACGUCAUUUACAAUAGUAGGGGAGCUCUGCGCUGGCUGCUGCUUCACGCUCCAUUUGUCCUCCAUUCUCCCUUUAAAGUACUCGUGUAAUAUUAAUAGUCAUGAAUAUCAAUUAUUAUGAGGCGGUGUAGGCAAGCGGAGGGAGGAAGGGGCGCCGGAGCAGUCUGAGCCCAGCUGCGGGUGGAAGAGGACGGCUUCUGGAGCCCGGGGGGAAAAAAAGGCAGAAGUAAAAAAAAAAAAAAGGCCAAAAAGACAGCAAGAGACCGGUGAAGAGCUCUAUGUUAGUCCACACCUAUUCAUCCAUGGACCGGCACGAUGGCGUCCCGAGCCACAGCUCUCGGCUCUCCCAGCUGGGCUCGGUGUCCCAAGGACCUUACUCGAGCGCCCCGCCGCUGUCCCACACCCCGUCGUCCGACUUCCAGCCGCCCUACUUUCCGCCCCCCUACCAGCCGCUCCCCUACCACCAGAGCCAGGACCCCUACUCCCACGUCAACGACCCCUACUCCCUGAACCCCCUGCACCAGCCCCAGCAGCACCCCUGGGGGCAACGGCAGCGGCAAGAAGUGGGUUCGGAAGCCGGCUCUCUCCUGCCCCAGCCCCGGGCCGCCUUGCCCCAGCUCUCGGGCCUCGACCCCCGGAGGGACUAUCACUCGGUCCGCCGGCCCGACGUGCUGCUGCACUCGGCGCAUCACGGCCUGGACGCGGGCAUGGGUGACAGCCUCUCGCUGCACGGCCUCGGCCACCCCGGCAUGGAAGACGUCCAGUCAGUUGAAGAUGCCAAUAACAGCGGCAUGAAUCUAUUGGACCAGUCUGUCAUAAAAAAAGUUCCGGUUCCUCCCAAAUCUGUGACUUCUCUGAUGAUGAAUAAAGAUGGCUUCCUGGGAGGCAUGUCCGUCAACACCGGCGAGGUGUUUUGCUCGGUUCCCGGCCGCUUGUCUCUGCUCAGUUCCACUUCAAAGUACAAAGUAACGGUGGGGGAGGUGCAGAGACGGCUCUCGCCCCCCGAAUGCCUCAAUGCGUCUCUCCUCGGCGGCGUCCUCAGGAGAGCCAAAUCGAAAAAUGGGGGGAGAUCUUUGCGGGAAAGGCUAGAAAAAAUCGGUUUGAAUUUACCCGCGGGCAGGCGCAAAGCAGCAAAUGUCACGUUACUCACCUCACUGGUGGAAGGAGAAGCUGUUCAUUUAGCUCGGGAUUUUGGCUACAUCUGCGAAACAGAGUUUCCCGCCAAAGCUGUUUCUGAAUAUUUGAACCGGCAGCACACAGACCCCAGCGACCUGCACUCCCGAAAGAAUAUGCUGCUGGCCACCAAGCAACUUUGUAAAGAAUUUACAGAUCUGUUGGCGCAGGACCGGACGCCGAUUGGGAACAGCCGGCCCAGCCCCAUCCUGGAGCCGGGGAUCCAGAGCUGCCUCACGCACUUCAGCCUCAUCACGCACGGCUUCGGCGCCCCGGCCAUUUGCGCGGCGCUCACGGCCCUGCAGAACUAUCUCACCGAGGCGCUCAAAGGCAUGGACAAGCUGUUCUUGAACAACACCGCCACUAACAGGCACACGUCUGGGGAAGGCCCAGCUUUGCCCGCAUGGUUUAUGAGCUUCUUCAAAGAGGACUGGGGCUUCCUACACAAUCUAUAAGGGCAACGCGCCCCACGCGUGUGACGUGCGAGAGACGCGAUGGACGCGCCUUGCUCUUACUGUGCAGGUCCUGAGAGCGCGUGGGCCACUCGCGCCCAGUCGUGUUGAGGACAUAGAAUCAGCCGCUGGAGGGGCCGCGGGCCGCCUGGGCCCUUCCCGCUCUCGGUCUCAUCUUAAGGGCUAAGGCGACCGAGAUAGCCCCACUCUCCAGUAGGUAAUGGGGAGGCGUCCUGGGGGCUGCAGGCGGGGAGGGGUCUCAGCCUAGGCGCUUUGCUCCCAGCGGCCACCCCGGGGCGCCUGCUCCUGGAGGGCGGCGAGUGGCCUAGAACUGUCCAGGGAACCGGAGUUUCCCCCACCUUUGCUAGGACGAAAACUCUCUCCAUCCUCAGGCUCCAGAAGCGGGUGAUGGAAUAGGAAUGGUCUUACUUGGCUGCUCAGGCUUGCGUGGUCCUGCACCCUCAUUCCCAAGUUCCUCCCACGCCCCACCCAGUAGGGCUGGAUGCGAGUCUCCUCCGCCCCCAACCCGGGGUGGAGACAGCCCUGGCCCUCGCCCUUUUGCACUUCUUUCCUGUGCCACCCCGCCCCCUUGCUUUCCUUAGCCAGGCCCGCUAUGUUUAUCUGGUAAUUGAGUUAUUAGAAGAUUGGGUUUCCUCGGGCCCAUAAAUCAAUAAACAGGAUUAACGCAAGAGUUUGCCUUUUUUUAAAGCGAGCUUUUCUGAGUUUUGUUUUCAAACCAAACAGGUGAGUUGCAGCUCUCCCCCCACCCUACUCUCUCUAGACAAUUUUAUCAGGUCAGGGCCUCCUCCCUGAUGCUCUGGCCCAAACCAGAAGCACUAAAGAUAGAAAGGAGCAGUCAGGACGCAGCCUGCGGCCCCUCACACUUUCCACUUUGCAAGUUCCUUUGGAGGUUCUAACGAUUUCCCCGACCAUUCUCGUCCACCUGCCUCUUCCUAUAGGAAUUGCCAGUCUCGGGGGGCACUUCCCCCCUUCCCCGCAAAUAGUGGCUCUGGUUCUGGGUGAGCAUCCCAUCUCAAAGUGAUCUUGAACAACUCCCCUAAACUCGGAGGGUACCCCACCCCUGCCCUGCCCCAAUUUUCUUGAACUUUCUUUCCCCCUCUCUGGCUCCACAUCCUUAGCUUUCUCCACCCCCCCACAUAAAGAACCGAAGAGGCUUUUCAGAGACUGGGGGCUGUUUUAUUUUCUUUGGCCACAGAAACUACUUUCUCUCGAGCAAUUAUUUCAUAUCCUAAGAAAACGUUGGUCGAAUGGAAAACCUGAAACCCCAAACUUAUCUACACACUGUCUCUCCGGUACAAAGCUUUACUUAAAAUGGCAACUUGUUCCUCCUUGGAGUGUUUAGAGAGAAUUUGUCAUCACAUCUGAUAUCCUGGAAGGGUAAUACAUUACAGGGAAAGGAAAUAACCUUAAACCGUCUGAUGUUGCCUCAAGAGCCCACACAGUGUUUUCCCUCCUGUGCUGAUGUAUGUUAAAUUAUGGGGGAGAGGGAAGAAAAGAAAAAAUAUAUCAAAAUUAGUUUUGUUUUCUUUUUAAAAGCGGAACAAGAACUGUUCUUUAAAGGUCAAAACUGACUCCUCUGAGUUGGUCUCUAAUUCACUAACAUAGUUUUUGCCACAUAACUUCAAUCUGUCGACUCUUCAGGAGAAGAGCGCGGGAGGGUGUCCAUGUUAAGUUUGUACAUAUUUAUUUAUGCUUAAUUUAAUGGGAAUGUGUAAAUAUGCGAGCAAGUAGUUUGGGAUUAUUUAUCUGUGAAUCUAUACCUCUGUGAAUGGGUGGUUAAAAAAAAAACACAAAAAACCCGCUUGACCCUAGAUAGAAUCCUAUCUGACUUUUUCUGUUCUUUAUAGACAAGCUGUUAUGGUAAUGGGUAGAAAUUGGUUUAUUGUCCAGUGUUGAUCUGAUUUACAUAAAUAAAAAGAUCGUUGUGUUUUUGUUGUGUUUUCAUCCUCAGUUUCUUGAAUAUGGAAAUUGUUUAAUUCAGAAAUUAACAGACAGAAAACUCCAACCCUAGCCAAGAGGUUUUUGUCCUCCCCUCACCAAAACACAGGCAAUGUCUUUGUUACAUCAUAAAUACAAUAAAUUUCGCUUCUCA